UCCCGCAGCGUCCCUCUCCUGGUUCUCCUGGUUCUCCUGGUUCUCCCGGUUCCCCCGGUUCGGACCUCACGGGGCUCGGGGCUCAGUGCACGCGAACAGGAUGUCGGAACUUUCCGUCAAUGACCACCUCGAAGGGAUCCUGUCGGACUUUGAAGCUCUGAAGAGAUCCUUCGACAUUGAAGAUGUGGAGGAGAUACCAUCCUUCUCCUCGGCUUCACCCGUCUCCACCCCUGUUUCUCCCUCUUCUUCACAUUUCUUCCUCCACCACAACAAAGCCAGUGAGGAGCUGGGAGGAGGUGGCCAGUCCCCUUCCUCAGCCUACAACAUCAACAACAGCCAUGUCUCCGCAGCCCAUCACCCCCGCAUCAGCCUCACUUCCAUUGCCAGCCCGGUGCUCAAGUCCCGCGGCGUGGCCAGCAGCCGCUCCUUCAAUCGAGCGACCGCGAACAAGUCGUCCGUCCACAGCAACGGCUCCACCGUGACCAGAGCGGCCUCCUUCCAGAGCAGGCUGCACCUCAACGGCUACUCCAUCGUGUCCGGGCCGGGCAGCGACAACGACAGCCUCCACAGCUCCACGUCCAGCCUGGAGUACUCUGGGGGAGGGGGGGGUGCGCUGCCUCUGACUAAGCUGGGGUCAUAUCUCAGCCCUCCAAGUCAGGGGGAGUACCACCGAGCCCAGCCCCCCCCACCGCACAGAGAGGGAGGUGCCAACGUGAGACACCACCCGAACAUGAAGAAGUUCUCCUCCCAUGGGAGUGUGUUCCACUCUGCGAUGGACCAGGGGCCAGGAAUGCAGCUGGGUCUACCUGAGCAGCAGGGGGUGAACCAUGGAUCCAUGCCCAGCCUAGACCUCCAAAGCUGUGAUAGAGGGGGAGGACUGGUCGGUAUGCGUGGAGGUGGAGGCAUCAUGUCUCCAGGGUUACGGUAUGCCAAUACCAAUGCCAACUGGAGUGGUCGUCCUCAUCACGCCAGUUCCUUUGGGGGGGAGGGCUACUGUGGCCCCAAAAACUACUACCAACUCUCAGGUACCCAGGUCCACAAGGCCCCCCAGCACAAGGCCAAAGAGAUUUCCCGUCUCAACAAGUUUCCCUUGGAUCUGAACAGCUUGGUGAGCAGCCCCUCAACCACUUCUCCCACCAAGACCCCAAGCCCCAACCCCCCCCAGCCUGCACCAAGGAGCACAGCAGGCCUCCAACACAGGACCAGUUCAUCGUCCACCUCGGCCAGCCCUUCAGCCUCUCUAAGUAGCCUGGACGGUGGCUCUGACACCCCUCCCCCCUCCCUCCACCAUCCUUUUUUGCCUUUCACCGCACAUUCUGUAACUCUUUCCCAGGGCUCCACCCCUGCCCCAGAGAUGAUGGGCUCCACUGAGCCCCUUUCCCCUGCCCGUAGCCCCAAGCAGAAGAUCCUCCCACAGCCGUUGCCCAACCGGCCGAACCCUCCCAGCCCCUCCAGGCCCAGAGCCAUGUGGUCCGUGGAGGACGGCCCAGGUGACGCUGGAGAUAGUGUCGGCUCCAUCUUACAGAGGAUCGCGUCCUUCUCCCAGCAUGCUGCUCCUGGUACCAGCCCGCCAGCUGUGGGCCCGCCCCCCACAGUCCAGAGCUCCGGUGGGUUGUCGUCUGAGACCACGCUCAUGCCCCCAUGGAAAGAGGGGAAGAAGAAACUAAAAGGAGCUGCUGCAGAGCUGGAGACGGACCGGCACCGCCCAAUGGAGGAGAGAGAGGACCUCAUGGGACCAGAGCAGGAGGAACUACCGGCCAGCAGGAACCCCCAGAGCACCCAGAGCUCUGUGCCGGCAGCAGAGGAGGAGGGGAUGGAGGAGAGAGACAUAAAGGAAGAGAGGGAGGUGGAGGUGGAACUGGUCCAGUCUGUGCCGGGCCUGCAGAUGAGCUUCAUCCGAGGCGCGGACCUGUUUGGCUACGUGGGCAUCGAGGCGGUGCUGGACCAGAUGAGGCGUAAGACCAUGAAGGCCGGCCUGGAGUUCAACAUCAUGGUGGUCGGGCAGAGCGGCUUGGGUAAGUCCACGCUGGUCAACACGCUGUUCAAGUCCAAAGUCAGCCGCAAGUCCUGCACGCCCAACUACCAGGAGAAGAUCUCCAAGACAGUGAAGCUGCACUCAGUCAGCCACAUGAUUGAGGAGAAGGGCGUGAAGAUGAAGCUGACAGUGAUCGACACGCCGGGAUUCGGAGACCAGAUCAACAACGACAACUGCUGGGAGCCGGUCGUGAAGCACGUCAACGAGCAGUACGAGAAGUUCCUGAGGGAGGAGCUUCACCUGCACCGCCAGAGGAGGAUCCCAGACAGCAGGGUCCACUGCUGCGUCUACUUCCUGCCUGCCACCGGACACAGGCUCCGCCCCAUCGAUGUGGAGUUCAUGAAGAGAUUGGGGAAGAUCGUGAGCAUCGUCCCGGUCAUCGCCAAAGCCGACACGCUGACCAUCGAGGAACGCCAACACUUCAAAGAGCAGAUAAGGAAGGACUUGGCAGCCAAUGGGAUCGGUGUCUACCCCCAGAAGGAGUACGACGAGGAUCCCGAGGAGCGCGUCCUCAACGACAGAAUCAGGGAGAGCAUUCCCUUCGCUGUGGUGGGGACGGACCAGGAGCACCAGGUGAACGGAACCAAGGUGCUAGGCCGGAAGACCAAGUGGGGCAUCAUUGAAGUUGAAAACGUGGCACACUGUGAGUUUGCCAACCUGAGGGAUCUACUCAUCAGGUCUCACCUGCAGGACCUGAAAGACGUAACGCACGACAUCCACUACGAGACGUACCGCGUGCGCCGGCUCAAUGAGAGCAACAUGGACUUCAGUGGACUGGGUCUGGACCACGGCGGUGCCGCCCGGCGUGAAGCAGACAGCCACCUUUGAUCUCCUCUUCUCCUGCUGCUCCUCGUCCAAUCACAAUGAGAGAUUGCUGUCCGUUUUAUUUCUUUUUUAAUUGUUCUUCUUCAGUAUGGGACACACUAGCGGAUCGUUUGGAAAUGAGAAAUUAAGUUGCAUUUCAUAAUAGAUCAAAUAUGGAUCUGUGUGAACCCGCGGUGAGCCGGUCUGUUUGUUGUGGACGGGUGGAGACACAGGAGGACAUCGUGACACAUGAGCCUGAUGCUCUGCUGUCUGCUCCCUGCAGCAGCUGGUCAACACCUGGAGGCUGACAGCCCACGUGAUGGGGCCACAUGUCUGGCUGUCCUCAUACUUCAUGCACAUAUGUGUCCAUGCAGUGUGUCAUCAUGGUCAUAUGUGGUCAAAGUCGAACAUGUGUUGAAGAUACCUUUCCCUGAAGCUGGCGGGUCCACAUUUAAGUGCCAAAACAAAAUGAGUGAAUCCAUCUCUUUGAUUACAAUGUGUGGGAGUCAUUGGCUUCUGUUUAUGACUUGACAUGGAUAGAAUAAAAGUGGUUCUCGUGUGA